UUUAUUACGCGCCUUCACAACCAUAUUGCUACAAAUCAGCCUCACUGUCUUUCUUUGCUUCUUCUUUCAGAUCCGAAAUAUGGCAAUUGAGACCAGCGAAGAACGAAACCGAUCCUCCGAUGUCGCACAAGAUGAAGAACGAGUUUAUCUUGACGAUGCUGAAGAGAAGAAGAAGAAGAAGAAGAAUAUUAAUGGAUUAGAACAAGAAUCAGAAUUAGAAUCCGUAGAGAAGAUCUUCGAGGCUAAAGAAGUACCUCCAUGGCAGAAUCAACUGACCUUGAGAGCCUUCGUUGUGAGCUUUAUUUUGGGGAUUUUGUUCAGCUUUAUAGUGAUGAAACUCAAUCUCACCACUGGCGUUAUUCCAUCCCUCAAUGUCUCUGCUGGUCUCUUGGGCUUCUUCCUCGUCAAGACUUGGACAAAGCUUCUCCACAGGGCUGGACUCUUAAAGCAACCAUUUACCCGUCAGGAGAACACCGUCAUCCAGACCUGCGUUGUCGCCACCUCCGGCAUUGCUUUUAGCGGUGGUUUUGGUAGUUACCUCUUCGCAAUGAGUGAAGCUGUGGCUAAACAGUCAACAGAAUCCAAUGCUGCACGGAACAUUAAGAACCCAUCACUGGGAUGGAUGAUUGGCUUUCUUUUUGUUGUUAGCUUUCUUGGCCUCUUCUCUGUGGUGCCUCUUCGGAAGAUAAUGAUUAUCGAUUUCAAAUUGAUCUAUCCAAGCGGCACUGCUACUGCCCAUCUUAUCAAUAGCUUCCACACCCCUCAAGGUGCCAAGUUAGCAAAGAAGCAAGUGAGAGAAUUGGGCAAGUUUUUCUCUUUUAGCUUCUUGUGGGGUUUCUUUCAAUGGUUUUUCACUGCUGGAGAUGACUGUGGAUUUAUAAACUUCCCCACGUUUGGUCUCAAGGCCUAUCAGAACAAGUUUUAUUUCGAUUUCUCUGCUACAUAUGUUGGUGUUGGGAUGAUCUGUCCAUAUCUAAUCAAUGUUUCUCUGCUAGUUGGGGCAAUCCUUUCAUGGGGUAUCAUGUGGCCUCUCAUAAACAAUAGAAAAGGUGAUUGGUACUCGGAAGAGCAUAGCUCCGGCCUCCAUGGCCUACAAGGUUACAAGGUCUUCAUAGCCAUAGCUUUGAUCCUUGGUGAUGGUGCCUACAACUUCUUCAAAGUCCUUGGCCGUACUCUAUUUGGUCUGUACCAGCAAUUCAAUACUAAAGACAUUAGCACUGUUCUCCCUGUUGCCAACAGAUCUUCUCCUGUGAUUUCUCCAACUCUUUCUUACGAUGACCAAAAGCGAUCAGAACUAUUUCUCGGAGACCAAAUCCCAUCAUGGUUUGCUGUUGGUGGCUAUGUCAUUAUUGCAAUCAUCUCUGCAAUCACAGUUCCUCACAUUUUCCAUCAGCUCAAGUGGUACUAUAUUGUAGUGAUUUACAUCAUAGCACCAAUACUAGCCUUCUGUAAUGCUUAUGGAUGUGGACUAACAGAUUGGUCCCUGGCAUCCACCUAUGGAAAGCUAGCCAUCUUCACAAUUGGGGCAUGGGCGGGAGCCGCUAAUGGUGGGGUUCUUGCGGGUUUAGCAGCAUGUGGGGUGAUGAUGAACAUAGUAUCCACAGCAUCUGACCUUAUGCAGGACUUCAAGACAGGUUACAUGACAUUAGCUUCACCAAGGUCAAUGUUUGUGAGCCAAGUCAUUGGAACUGCAAUGGGCUGUAUCAUUUCUCCGUGUGUUUUCUGGCUCUUCUACAAGGCUUUCCAUGACCUUGGCCUUCCUAGUUCAGAGUAUCCAGCUCCUUUUGCUCUUGUUUAUCGAAACAUGUCGAUUCUAGGGGUGGAAGGGUUCUCAGCCUUACCAAAGCACUGUCUUACGCUCUGCUACAUAUUCUUCGCUGCAGCAAUAGUUAUCAAUGCCAUUAGGGAUACAGUGGGAAAGAAGAGAGCUCGGUUUAUCCCUAUUCCAAUGGCAAUGGCAAUACCCUUCUACAUCGGAGGCUACUUCGCUAUUGACAUGUGUAUUGGGAGCUUGAUAUUAUUCAUCUGGCGGAAGAUUAAUAAGGCCAAGGCCGAUGCAUUUGGACCUGCUGUAGCUUCUGGGUUGAUAUGUGGAGAUGGAAUAUGGACUUUGCCUAGCUCCAUACUGUCAUUGGCAGGUGUGAAGCCACCAAUCUGCAUGAAAUUUCUUUCCAGAAACCAAAAUGCGAAGGUGGACGGUUUCUUAAAUUCUUAGAUGAAGGCUACAACUUAAAUUUUCUCUUCCAAUUUAUGUUUAGUGCUUUUUCCCCUCAGUGACAAUGCCUUCAUUUUUUUUUUUUCUAUGCAAGUGUAUAUUUUUCAUA